GUUCUCUUCCCUCUGAACUUCCUCACUUCCACUCGUUGGCGUCUUUUCUGAAAUCGAACGCACUAGCCAGCAUCGUCAAUCAUGGAAAUGGCGGAGCCCAAUCCUGAACCUGAAAUCACCGCUAACAUGACAAUCUACAUAAACAAUCUCAACGAGAAAAUCAAAAUCGACGAAUUGAAGAAAUCUAUGCACGCUGUGUUCUCGCAGUUUGGGAAGAUACUGGAGGUGUUGGCCUUCAAGACGCUGAAGCACAAGGGCCAGGCAUGGGUUGUUUUUGAGAAUGUCUCCUCUGCUAGUAAUGCUAUUACGAAAAUGAACGGCUUUCCUUUCUACGAUAAACCUAUGAGAAUACAAUAUGCAAAAACAAAAUCAGAUAUUAUUGCGAAGGCUGAUGGUACUUUUGUUCCACGGGAAAAGAGGAAGAGACAUGAAGAAAAGACUGGCAAGAAACGGAAAGAGCAACAUGAUCCUAAUCAGAUGGGCAUGGGUCUGAAUACUGGUUACGCUGGCGCCUAUGGUGCAAUGCCUCCGCUGUCACAAAUACCUUACCCAGGUGGUGCAAAAUCUAUGGUUCCUGAGGCACCAGCUCCGCCAAACAGCAUAUUGUUUGUUCAGAAUCUUCCGCACGAGACAACACCAAUGAUGCUGCAAAUGCUCUUCUGCCAAUACCCUGGGUUUAAGGAGACCCGAUUGAAUGUGAAAAUGGCUAUGUUUGGAACAGAAGGGAAAUUUGUGUAG